CUCCUGCAUCACUGUCAUGGAGAUAGUAAACCAUGUGAUUCUAUUACACAAUAAUGCUUGCAUCACAAUUAAAAAUAUUAGUCUUAAUUUCGCGCCGAUUUUUCUCAUGAUUAGAAAUCUAACCUUGUUUUAAACAAUUUGUUUUAAAUUCGUCCAUUUUAUAUCUUUUACAAAUAACAAUAAAUUUAAAUGUUUAAUAUAUAUUAAUGUAUACAUACAUUAUAUAGGUUAUACAAUUAGGAACGAAUAUGAAAUUGUCACAUUCUAAAACAGAUACUUGAUAUCUAUUUCGAGUUAUAUGCAAUGUGUUAAUCGUUUAUUUAUAUCACACUAGUGUGUGCCGAUUUUCUCGUUGAUCCUCCAACUAUGUUUAAACUUAAACAUAGUUUAGUUAAAAUUGUACAUUUUAUUAUUUUUUCCUAAACAAUAAACAACGUUUUUAUUUCCAAUUAUGGAUGAAAUAUAUUUUCGCAUUACAAAUCAUCUAGAAAUAUUACAGAAGAAAUAUUUCUCAUGUCUGCAAGUAUGAAAUAAUUGAAAAAGAAAUUUGGGAUAAGGUUCGAGGAUCUUUAGCGAUUCAACAAGGACAACAAUGGGUUUCUACAUUAUUAACGUACUGUCAGAGGUACAUUCAAGAAUUAUUUAGCGAUCAACAUGUGCAGCAUAUGAAAGAUAUCAUACAUAAUUUGAUAACGUAUAUUAAAAAGUCUUGGGAACAGUUACAUUUCAAAUAUUAUUCUAUUCAUAUUAAUUUUACACAAUUUUAUCAACAAUUAGCUGCGAUAUGUACUAAUGAAGUCACACGAAGAGAGAUCAUAUUUUGUCUAGCAGGUAUAUCUAUAGGUACAUUAAUAGGCUAUACCAUAGGUAGGAAUUGGAUUUAUUAUUCCCACCAUAUGCAUUAUAUAAAAGCUAUUACAUGUCACCAUUAUAUUGGUAUAGAGGGUGUUUCAAUGACAGAUGAUGCAGAAAUGCCAACGAUUCGUAAAUCUAACGACUUACUGAUACAAGUUAAAGCUGCUUCGGUUAAUGUUGUUGAUACAAAAAUAUGUUCUGGUUAUUCUAAAGCUUAUAGAAGACUCUUAAAUUCUGGAAGGCAUAAAGAUAUUCCAGUAAUAUUAGGUAGAGAUUGUUCAGGUAUAGUUAUUGAUAUCGGACAAAGUGUUAUUAAUUUUGAUAUUGGAGACGAAGUAUUUCUUGCUGUACCUUCAUGGGCACCUGGUACUAUGGCAGAAUACAUAACUGUUCCAGAAACUCAAGUAGUUAAGCGACCUAAACGAUGUACUCAUGAAACAGCUGCAAGUAUUCCUUAUAGCGGUUGCAUGGCAUGGGAUGCUUUAGUUAAUAAAUCUAUUAUUAAAGAAGGCAAUGCAAAAGGACAAAGGGUACUUAUAUACGGAGGUAAUACUCCAGUUGGAUGUAUUUUAAUUCAACUUGUAAAAUUAUGGGGCGGCUAUGUAGUAACAGCAUCUAGACAAAAUGCUUUACCCGUAAUGAGAGCUUUAGGUGCUGAUGAAGUUUUAUCAUUAAACGAAUCAAAUAUUGAGAAGGAGUUAGAACUUCAUGAUAAGUUUAAUGCAAUUUUUUAUACCGGUGGUCAAUUAACGGAAUUACAUACAUUAAAAAAAUAUUUACAUCCUCAUGGCUCCUUCGUGACAACAAUGCCUGAAAAUUUAACGUCAGAUUCAUUGGGAUUUAUAUCUGGAAGUAUAUUUGCUGUAUGUGUACGCAUUCAAUUAUUAAUACAGUAUAUAUUUGGUUGUAAUAUACACCAAUGGAAAGAAGGUUCUAAAAUAAAAGUCGAUUACUUGCAAGCAUUAUCUGAAUUAACCGAUGCAGAUGAAAUACAACCUGUCGUCGAUAGAGUUUAUACUCCUCACAAUAUUGAAGAGGCAUUACAUCACAUAUUAGAUCCGGACGCUAUUGGAAGUACCAUAAUCAAAUUUUAAAAAUAGAUCAUUUUCAUGUGUUAAACAACAAUAUUUCUUGUUUCUCAAAUGUUAUUAUUUAUUAUAUCUAGUAGUAUAAUGUAAUAUUUUUUAAACUCUACAUUAUAUCAUUUUGAAAUAAUUUUCUCAUGAACAAAUUAUAAGAUGGAUAUUAUCAUGAAGCUAUAUUAUUAUAGAAAAAAAAUAUCAUCAUCAUUGCCAUGCUGCCAAAGUUAAGACUGAUGAAGUAGACAAAAAUAAAUGCACAUAUUAUUCUUUUAAUCUCGCUUUACACAUUGUUAAAGUAAUGAAAAGACAAUAAAUUAUAAAAUUGA